CUCUCCCUCGGCCUCGUCCUCGCCGACGACAUCCGCGCUCCCGAUCCCCUCCCUCCUUAUCGCGCCUCCAUCAAGGAUGGCUAUGCUGUAGUGGCUUCAGAUGGUCCUGGUGUAUAUCCAGUCAUAACUGAAUCAAGAGCUGGAAAUGAUGGCAUUGGCGUCGUAGUUACCCCUGGAACAGUUGCAUAUGUUACAACUGGAGGGCCAAUACCUGAGGGUGCUGAUGCUGUUGUGCAAAUUGAGGAUACUGAAAAAGUGGCUGACUCUUUAAAUGGGGUAAAACAUGUCAAAAUAUUGGUGGGAGUGCCCCAAGGACUUGAUAUUCGUCAAGUGGGUUGCGACAUUGCAAAAGAUACUAUUGUGCUAAAGUCCGGGGAGCAAGUUGGCAAUCCUGAGAUUGGUUUGCUUGCCACUGUUGGAGUUACAGUGGUGAAGGUUUACCCUAGACCAACUGUUGCUGUUUUGUCUACAGGAGACGAGCUAGUAGAACCAGGGACUGGAACUCUAGGUCGAGGCCAGAUAAGAGAUUCAAACCGUUCAAUGCUAGUAGCUGCUGGUAUCCAACAGCAGUGCAAAGUUGUUGAUCUUGGUAUAGCUCCUGACAAUGAGGAAAUUCUUGGUGAGACAUUGGAUGCCGCAAUUGAUUCUGGGAUUGAUAUACUAUUGACUUCCGGUGGUGUUUCAAUGGGAGAUAGAGAUUUUGUCAAACCUAAUUUGGAAAAGAGAGGAAUGAUCCAUUUUGAAAAGAUUAACAUGAAACCUGGAAAGCCUCUGACAUUUGCUCAAAUUAGAAAUGAUAAAGGGUCAAAGACAAUUCUUGCCUUUGGUUUGCCUGGAAAUCCAGUGAGCUGUUCCGUUUGCUUCCAUCUUUUUGCUGUACCCACCAUUCGUCAUCUUUCUGGUUGGUCGAAUCCUCACCACCAAAGAGUGCAUGCCUGUAUUGCAAACUCAAUAAAGACAGACCCUAACCGACCAGAAUAUCAUCGUGCCAUAGUAAGAUGGGAGUUUGUUACUGCAACAGGCAGCCCGGGUUUUGUUGCUGAGAGCACUGGACAACAAAUGAGUAGUCGCCUUCUCAGUAUGAAGUCUGCUAAUGCAUUACUAGAGUUACCUGCCACCGGGCAGAUACUUCCUGCUGGAACAUCUGUUCAAGCAAUAUUGAUUUCAGACAUAAGUUGUUUUCCUCAGGGUAAGUCAUCUGGAGCCACUUCUAUGUCACUUCAUCAAGAGCAUGCGGUCAAAAGCAACAAGUCCACACACAUGCAAGUGGAGGCCGCAUCUCUGGAAAAGUUUAAGGUAGCAAUUCUUACAGUGAGUGAUACAGUUGCAUCAGGGGCAGGACCUGACAGAAGUGGUCCUAGAGCAGUAUCUGUUGUGGACUCUUCAUCAGAAAAGCUAGGUGGAGCGAGUGUUGUUGCAACAUCUGUUGUUCCUGAUGAAGUGGAUAGGAUCAAGGAUAUUCUACAGAAAUGGAGUGACCUUGAUAAAGUUGACCUUAUCAUUACUUUAGGUGGUACGGGCUUUACACCAAGAGAUGUCACACCUGAAGCCACAAAGGCUGUUAUUGAGAAGGAGGCUCCUGGUCUCUUAUUUGUGAUGCUUCAAGAGAGUCUCAAGCUGACGCCAUUUGCAAUGCUGUCACGGGCUGCAGCUGGGAUCAGAGGUUCUACCUUAAUCAUCAACAUGCCAGGCAAUCCAAAUGCGGUUGCUGAGUGCAUGGAGGCACUGCUUCCUUCACUUAAACAUGCACUGAAGCAGAUAAAGGGCGAUAAAAGAGAGAAGCAUCCUCGACAUGUUCCCCAUGCCGAAGCACAGCCUAUAGACCAAUGGGAGCGCAGCUUUAUGGCCGCAUCAUCAGGCUCGCAAGGAUGUUCUUGUUCACAUUAAAUUGUUUGCUGCUCAGAAGCAUGCAAGCAAUUCUGGACAAUAUAGAGGUGGCAAGUCCAAGUACAGGGAUUUCAUGUUCUUCAUUACCUGCAGCAGAGGUUUAUGAUAUGGUUUGAUUUAAAAUAAUGUAAUCGAGGACUAGUGAACAUUUUCAUCUUUUUAUAAAGUGUAGUGGGAAAAGGUUAAAAUGCGGAACUUCAGAACUCAGUUCUUUGGUGCUGUAAUACGUCCGUUGCCUUUGUAGUUUGAUAGCUUGUUGUACCUUGAGAACAUGACAGAAGCAACAAUCGUCAAAGUUUUUGUUUAUCGGUUUACA